AGCAGUUAAACUGACACUGUUACAUCCGCCAUUUUGUCUGAUUUAUGAGCAACCUAAUAUUGACAGACAUCAGUUUUCUACUUUAUCUACUACUACUAUGAUUUAUUUUACUACUGGAGCAUCAUACAUGGGUCUCUGGUAGCACCACUUUCAUCCAGAUGGAUUGCUGAAAUCAGGAACAGAUAUCUGUGGACUUAUUCUAAUGACUCGGGUGAUCAGCUGACUUUCCCAGUCAACAGCAGGGUUCGAAAGCAUUCUGGAGGGAAUCUAUGGCCAAAUGUUGCUGAGAGACCUCAAUUUAUUUGAUGACUGUGAACCCAAAGAGUCGGACGACUGGUCCCCCGAAGCCAGCUGCUCUCAGUGUUCAUUCUGCAAACUACCCCUGGAUAAACUCAGUGAUCAAGUACCUGCUGCCACGUCGCCCCUCUCCUCCCCCUCUGAUUACUCUCCUUGUCAGGCUCCAACCAUCUCGGAGAGCAGCCAGUCAGCACACAGGUUCCUACAAGCUGUGUUUCACAAGAAAGAUGUGCCCCCAGGCUGUGAUUCCAACAUCCCUCUGGUUGCCCAGGAGCUGAUGAAGAAGAUGAUACAUCAGUUUGCCUUGGAGUACGCAUCCAAGUGCCUGCUCCACACCAAUACAAAUGGUGUUACAACAAUGACCUCAUCACCUCUGUCAGACACAUCAGAUGCCCCUCUGGAUCUCACAAUGAGCCGAACCCAGGAGGAGAAGGGGGGUGAAAGCGAUCCAGACGGCGUGCUCGACCUCUCUAACAGGAACUCUGCCUGCUCAGCAAUUUCAUCAACAUCCUCAUCUAAUCACAAAGCCUCAGGCUCCCUGCUGCCAUCUCUUACAAAAGAACCGGGGGAUAUUGGACAAAGAGGGACUAAGUGUCGUCAGAGCUCUGCGUUGGAUGCUGUUCUGAACUCUCUCUGCCCAUCACACAGUUCCUUACUGUACCAGAUCCUGAAGCUGGUACACCAGGAAAAAAUGCUGUUGUUUCUUAAUCACAGGUCUGUAGGUCAAAUUGAAUCUAACUGCUGUCACUGUGGUGUAAACCCACAGGAUAAUCUUACCCAUGAUGCAGUCCCUGUCAGUGAAUGUAAAGCCCGUAACAGCAGCCUGUACUGCCCUUUAACUGACUGUGAUCAUCAAGGUCAUGGCAGCACAAUGUACCAUCCAGGAGACUGCAAGUCCAGGUGUAGCGUCCAUCACUACCCUUUAACGGACUGUAAAGGCGAGGCUGCUAGGGCCUCAAGCUACUGCUGCUUGCAGAGGUCGAGGAUAGAAACCUAUACUGUUCUUUGCCCCAAGUUGCCGCCCUGCAUUUCCUGCCAAAGCUUGGCUGUAGGUCAUGUCAACUCAUGCUCAUUUGCAUCCCCUCCCUUGUCAUCCAAAUCCCCUUCACUGUGCACUCCCUCUCCUAGUUUAUGCCUUUCCUCAUCGAUCUGCUGUAACCAACACAACCCCCACUCUUGUUCCUGUUAUUCAAACCAUGCCUGUCUCACGCAGGUCAGGAACACAAUAGAAACAGGGGUUGGAGAUGGGGAUCCUCCUGUCUUGAAGAGAGAGCAGAGCCCCUCUCCCCCCCCUCUGUCCCCUAUCCCCUCAGACAUCAAUAAGAAAACUGAUGAAAAGCCACCUUCCCUCCUUCACCACAGACAAGAGGAGGAAGCUGACCUUAUAGUUAAAGGUGGUAUUUUGAGUGCAAGCCACCAGGAAGCAGAUAUGGAUACAGCUGCAGAAGAGAGGCAAGAGUGUAGGACCCCAAGUAGUUGUCAGUCUGAGCAGAACCCAAGUGGGACUUUACUGCAAGAUGUUGUGGAUCGCUUCAGUGAGAAACUGGAGACAAUCAGACCAAUAGAGAAAGACCCACCUUUGGUUUCAACAGCCCUUUAUGUCUCUGAAAGGGAGCAGCUGCAGUCUCCCUCAACCAGUCAGAACUUCAAGUAUCCUGCUGAUGCCCAUCUGACUAAAAUCAUCACCACAGUGCUUCAUACAGGCAGUGCUAGCGACUACAAUCUCAGUGAGCUGUUCAAUCGACAGGAUAGCAAAGAGUCCAAGUCACCUAAUACACGCUCUCGCCGUCGCCAAGAAGUCCUUACUGCUCUAGCAACACCCACUGAUGAUGCUUCAACCAGAAGGCAUACUUUACAGAUUAAACGAGAGCUUGCCAUGCUUGAUCAGUCUUACAGUAGGAAAAAGGGGCCCCUAGCGAAGAAGGCAAGAUUGAAAGAUGAAAAUGUUACUGUAACUCCAUCAAACACUUCAUCAGAUUCAAACCUAGUUAAAGAGGAGUCCAAAAGAGAGCUGGAGUUAGAUGUGGAACCUGUAGAGAAUCAUAAAGAUGAGGAGGGACCACUGAACAUUGUCACUGAAGAACAUGACAGGGAUGAAGUGAAAGAGGAGAUACAGACAAUUAUAGUAACAGAAGACAUUCAGAUCAUUAAAGCAGAGGAGAAAGAAAAGGAGAUUGCUUUCUCAGGCACUCAAAUUACCACCCCUGAGCUGCAGAGCAAAUGUGGUAAACAAAGCUCAAAUGGUGACAUUGUUCAAACACAGGGGAUGACAGUGACUGCAGCCUCAGCAAAACAGUGUAGCAAACCCUGUAAAGAUGGAAUGGAUGAUGGUGCUGGAAGUUAUGGAAAUCAUGAAAAUGCACAAUCAAGUCAAAGUUCUGAUAGUGACAGUAGAGCCAGUAAAGGCAAAGACCGCCAUUGUCCUGUUAGAGAAAAGCAGAUAAGUCAAUCCCAUCAUUCCAAGGAGGCAAGGAGAUCCAGGAGAAAUAAAGUCCUACCACAGUGGUUCUCCUCCUAUGUCACAGAGCCCAUGUUUCUUCAGUCAUUCCCUGACAGCAUUGUUAACCAGAAAACACGGAACAACAAGGCAUUGACAUCAAGUACACUGGAUGCCUUAUCCAAAGACCCAGAUGCCAAGGACACCCACAUUGAAUCAAAAAGUGAAACGUCCCUGUCCUCAGCGAAGCACACACAGAAGCUUUCCUUUGAAUCAGCACAUAGAGACCAAUGUGGACCAUCCGACAAAGAGUCAGACAGUGUUUCCACUAACCAGGUAUUUCCACAAAAUGUGGCUGCCAAAGAGAGUUCUGAAAAACAAAGCUCAGACAAUGGGACAGAUGGCAGUGACUGUGGUGCCAAACCUUUUGGAAGGCUACGAUCAUCUCCAAAAAGGCUACAAAGACUACAGGACUCAAAGACUGCUUCAGGAACUCCCCAAAAUACAUCAAAUAUAAAUGUCAUUACAUCUCCUACCUGUGUUGAGAGCCCUCACAACUCCCAAGUCCAGUACACUAGUCCAAUUAAGCUCAUGUUUGUAUCACCAGUAAAGGAUAAGGAUGGAGUCAGAUAUAGUCUCAAAUCAGCAGGCUCUGGCUCUAGUGGACAAGCAGAGCAACCUUUUGACCCAUGUGAAGAGUCUUCAUGGUCAGGGACAAUUCAGAAACACAAAAGCCAGCAGACUGAGUCAACCUCUCCACAAGGAAAAUCUGUUUCUUCACCACUAAAGUCAGCUACCUCACCUGCAAGAUCUGCUUAUUCGCCACGCAAGUCUGCAUCUUCAUCACCCAAAUCAGCUUCUUCGUCCCCCAAAUCGGCUACUUCGCCAGCCAAGUCUGCUUCCUCGCCAGCCAAGUCUGCUUCUUCACCCAGAUUGGCUUCUUCCCCAGCCAAGUCUGCCUCCUCGCCAGCCAAGUCUGCUUCUUCACCCAGAUUGGCUACUUCACCAGUCAAGUCUGCUUCUUCGCCAGCCAAGUCUGCUUCUUCACCCAGAUUGGCUACUUCACCAGUCAAGUCUGCUUCUUCGCCAGCCAAGUCUGCUUCUUCGCCAGCCAAGUCUCCUUCUUCACCAGCCAAGUCUGCUUCUUCGCCAGCCAAGUCUGCUUCUUCACCGAAGUCAGCUUCCCCAGCACCUAAAAUAAGUCCCAGAAGGUCAAAUGAAAGUACUCCAACUAAACGUGUAGCUGGAACUGAAGGCCAGAGAUCACCAGGUGACUUAAUAUCUUUCCAUGAAACCACUCCUCCAAAAAGGCGCCCCGGUCGGCCAAAGAAGAUGGGACCUCAACUGGAGCAAAAAGUAAAGAGGCCCAUUGGUCGACCACGUAAGCAGAAGGCUGUGGAUCCAGUAAUGGGGGAUAAAACGGUGAAUGGAAAAUCUAAUGUACCAUCUCACCCAGAGGAGAAUGUCAAUAAGAACCUCAAAAUAACGGUAGUAUAUGGCCGUUCAAGGAAAAUUAAAAGAACAGUGUCUGAGGGAUUUGACAGGCUACAAACAGAAUUUCAUGAUGCUUGGCAAGCAGUGGGCCUUAAAAGCGACUUGGGCAUUUUAAUGCACAACUCCAACAUCAGCUCAGGUAGUAUCAAAACCGCUACAGAGUUGUCAGAGGACUUAAAAUUUGUCAGCCCUGUGAAAGAGUCUGCCCCUCAGUCUACCAGUAACAUUAAAUGUCAGAAUCGGGAUGACUCUUUACCCUCAAGGAAACCAGGUAGACCUGCAAAAGUUAAAAUCUCUGGAAUCUCAGUUACAGUAACCACAGUUUCACCUCGGCAACGUAAAAUUCAAAUAAAUAAGGACACUCGACAGUCUCCUGAAACACAAAUUCAUAAGAAAGUACUUCUACAAGAGUUCAAAUCUGCCAAAGAGCCACAGACAAUCAGUCAUCAAUCAACAAGCAAAGGCAGUCUAACAGAAGAAGGGAUAGAAAUAAAUGAAGCAAGUAAGGACAAACUACCGAAUCAGCCUGUAGCAGUGCGUCACUCAAUGAGAGUGAGGAAGCCCUCGAUCCACUUUCUGCAUGCUGUUGCUACCUCUACUGCUAGAUCCUAUAGUCACAGUAAUGCUCUUCUGCGGCGCUCUAAACAACUUCUGCUGAACAAGGCCAGCAAUGAAAGGAAACAGGCAGAGCAACAGAGUAGUGCUGAAACUUCAGGGGAGAAAAGACAGCUCUGUGGACAAGAGAGGAAAAACAUCUCUCAGGACAUGAGCAGAGUGGCGGGGGUGUCCGUAGACUCAAUCCUUACUCCAAGUGAGACGCUAAGGUGGUGGGCAGCAUCAGCCGAGGAAAAGACUAUGAACCAAGAGCUCGCCAGGAGAAUACGAGUCAUCUCUGACACGUGGGUCUCAGAUACUGUGGGGAACCAAGGAAAAGAAAUUGCUUUUGAUUCUAAACUAGGCACUAAAGGCAACAGAAAGUCUAAACAUUCCUCUGCAGUUAGAACGCUAUUCGACUGUCCUCCUAACAAACCAAGGUCCUGUAGCAUGCAGCAGCUCUGCUCCUGGUUUAUGCAGACCACAGAGACACAGUCUCUGGCUAUUGUGAAGAAGGCAAGCUCCCGUAACCCAUACGAACUUAUGCACUUCCCUCGUACUGCCCAUAAAAAAAGUGCUUGCCACAGUCCUCAGGCAGAGCGACUCCGCAAACACAUCAAGAAAUUUGCCAAAAUGGUGCCAAAGAGUCCUUUGCAACAUCAAGAGGCUCAAAGAAGGUUGAGGAAGAGAAAUGAGGCACCUCAACCAAUACAUAUUAGGCGAAAGCUUUUCACUCCCAGGUUUUCAACAGGUAGGCUCCAUUGGGGAGCCCAAUGGAGGAGAAGCAGAACAUUCAGCAAAUACCAAGCCACUCUAGUAAGAGCAAGGACAAGGUUCCUAAACCGCAAGGAAAGGGAGAGGUGGCAAAAGAGGCAGAAGAAUAAUAAACACAGAAAAGUAGCUACAAGUUUUUCAAAUGGAUGUGUAGCGACUGGGCUACGACCAAAACGCGAGGCAUUACUAAGGGCAACAAAAUAUCAGUUAUCUGACUGUUUGGAGAACAGGCCUGCCACCAAUUCUGUUGACCAAACUCGGGAGUCUGUGGAUGUUAACAAAGAGCAGAACCUCUGCUCUAAAGCCUGGAGUCCUGAGACGCUUAAGGAAUGCCGAGUGUUUCUAAGGAAGAUCAACUCUCCAGACAACGAAUCAACUGAGGAAGAGUGGGACUCCUGCACUGUGACACUGGAUGAUGGGUCACCUUCUGCAUACCUAUUUGCAGGAAGGGAGAGAAAACUGGUAGGAGUUGUUAAAGCUGUGAAAAGUGCGAGAAAAAGGAGAAUGAACAGCACUGCCUCAAGAGAGCUAGCAGGUUCUGCACCCGAAUCAGUUCAGGAGCAGGAUGAGAUGCCAGUGGGGAGGCAGAAAGGCAAAUACAAAAGUCCUGGGGCUGUGUCUACUGAAUCACCACAACCUCCACCAGCGAAAAUGUUGAGACAGUCGCGAAUGAGGGGCCUGACCGGGCCAAGGUGGUGCGACUUUGUAUUUGAAAACUAAAUGAAGCAUGAGGCCUCCUCGGACCUGGAUAUGGGACUGUGGUUUUAACGUGGUGCCUUUGGACAUUGAGCUGACCACGUGGACUGACCAUCCUGCUAUGGUUCAGUCUUACACUCAGCAAUUAUGUAGCAGUCUAACUUAACAAAAGCUUGAUGUUGCACUAUUUUUAUCCUUGGAUAUGUAUGUACAGAAUGUUUGAUUUUUUUUUUUUGAUUUUUUUUUUGGUCAAUUUGCCUUUGUCUAUCUGAAAGUGUGUAGUAAAUCAUGACGUCGAACAGAUUUUUAAUGGGAUAAGUGCUUAUACAUACAGUGAGCCCGUCAGAGAGGUUUUCUUGGAAGGAAACAUGAAGCUUGACUGCAUUAGACAGUGCCAUCUCCCCCAUAAUAUACCUCGUUAUCCAGCCACCACUUUUUUCAGACGAUGACCUUUUCUUUGUAAAACUUAAUCUGAAAACAGUUUAAAAAAGAAAAAAGAUUAAUACUUUAAGUUAUUGCUUCAACAUUAAAAAUGUACAGUUGUAAAAUCCCCCAUACUAGUAAGAAUUUUAUUUAUAGAUACUUCGGCACUGUUAAACCUCCAAAUUUCUAAUUUAACUAUUAGCUGUUUUUUAUUUCAGAUUUGAGAGAAGUAUAUUGAAAUUUACUGACAUUCUCGCGAUCCCAGCCUCGUUUGCAGUAUUCUUCUGCAGUCACUGUUGUAUUGUGAAUCAGUAGCCAAAAACAUGGUUCAAAUGAAGGAAUUUGUUUUGUAUUUCUUUCCCCUAUCGCUCUCUGAAUGGGCCCAUCCGUAAAAAAAAGUUGUUUUGAGCUACAGUAAUUGGCCAUCAGCCUGCACUAAACCAAAUAAUUUGUCAUUGUCAUUUCAGGUAAUUUUUCAAGCAGUCCUUUUAAUUGGCACUUAUCAAUUCUUUGCAUCAAACUGCAAUCAGCACAGACUACAUAUCCAGUCCCAGCACCCAUAAUGUGUAGAGAUACCUGUGAAGUGAUGAAGAAAAUGGCAUUAUGCAGUUGUAGACAGUAGAUUCUGAUUAAUCUGACAGUUUGUGGGAUCUGUCUUGUUUUAAUUCAGUUACGUUUUAUGUGAUUGUGUUUUCACCCAAAGCAUAUACUGUAUGUUGGUGUCAGAUCUACUUCUUGCACUAUUCCAGCUGAGAUUAUUAAUCCCACUACAGAUUCCUCCCCCAUAUUUUGCACAUCCCAUGUCCCACUACCAAACCCUACUGUAAAACUAGAGAAUAUAUUUGGUGCAAUACAAAACCCAGAUGAUUUAUCAGUAUGUAGUAAUUAUUUUAUUGCUGACAGACGAAUGGAUGUACGCAAGUACCAAUGGCCUGGGAUGUAACUUCAGUUUUGUUUCCAUAGCCAUGUAAUGUGAUCUUAAAGGAUAUUGCUCUACAAACUGUUUUUCCCACCUGCUUUGUUCUUCUCAAUGAAGCAGGAAAAUAACAGAUCCUUAUUUGUUAUGAUAGCAUUAAAAUUGUUUUUAUCAUAAAUGUACUAGCAUUACUUACUGUUUAAAUGCAGGUGGGAAUGUGAUGCUGUUAAGGUUUCCUUAGAUUUUCUGUUUUUCUCAAGUUGGAGCAAGAGAUGCCUACCUCCACUGGGACUCAGCUAGGUCUACUCUUCUGCGUAAUCAACCGUGAAAUAGACAAGGCCAGACAGAUGAUCGAUAAACACUAAUCUUGGGUCAAUUUCAUGUUUUCCUGCCCUCUGAGGAUCCAAGAUGUCUGGCUGUAGGUCAAAACUUAAACCUGUAGUGUAUUGUGUGUCCGACUCUCCUUGUAUGUACGUCACUAUGGUUGCCAUUUCAACAUGAUGGGAGGAGAGGUGGCUCGGUCUUGUGAAAAAUAACCAUCAGCCCACUGUUGAAGAACCUGGUGCUAAAUAUCUGUUGUAUAUUUUCUUUAUCAUGUGUUUUUAUACUGUCCAUAACAGAUGCAACAAAGAGGUGUCUGAUUGGAACAAUAAAAUGUCUUUUGAAUUAA